AUGUUCUUUGCUUUUGUAGGAAUGCAGCAAGCAAUUUUAAGCAGGCAAAUGCCAGCAGAUAACCUGGAGCCUAUGUUUGUUCCACGAAUGUCCUACACUGGAUUUGCUGUGGAGGGCUGCACGCUUGAAGAUUCAGACGUCUCCGAUCCUCCUCCUCCGUACUCCGAUUUCAACGCGAGCAGUCAAGAAAGUACUGUGGGGCACAGCCUCCUAGAAAGCAAUGUUUUCAUGCCUCGACCUCAAGCAGUAGGUUCUUCCAGUUACGUUUCCACAAACGCAGGAUUGAAAUAUUCUGGUAAUGGAGCAUCCAUGCCAUCUUCCCAAAGAGCAGUUGGUGACAAUGUUGAGGAAUCAGAAGACAGUGAUUAUGAAAAUUUGCUCGAACCUACGGAGUCAUCCGACAGUGAAUACUCACAGACGAGGGAUUCCCGACCUUCAGCACAUCCCGAUGGCGAUUCCAGGAACACUCAAACCUCUCAGAUUUGAUAGGGGCCGAAGAAAAUCCACGACACUGUUUUUUCACAGUUGUUACAGAAAGAUUUUGGGGAUUUAACCUGGAGGAAAUGAACUACACAGGAUUACUGUGCACCCAAAACGUAGAAGACUUGCACUAGAUGGUUUAUUCACCUUGUGAUACAUUUUGCAAGUUUUAUAAUGGAAUCAUUAGGAUAAUCAAGUUGUACUAAUACCGAUGAGGUUCAUGGAUGUACUGGUAAACUUAGGCAAAAUGAAAUUUAUAGAGAUCUUGUAGCUUUUGUUGCCGUAUUUUCUUUAAGACAAUAAAUUGGGAUGUAGUAACUAAGCACAGUUAGUCUACAAGUAAUGUUCUCAAAUCAAAACUUACCUCUUGCACUAUCAUGCCUUGAAUUUUAAUUUUUGAAAGGGAAUAAAUAUAUCAGCCGCCUUCAAAAUAGCUUUCUAUGGUAAGCCAAAUUGGCCUUUGCAAGCAAAGAAAUUUUGAUAAUUCAGAGAAGCCUGAUUGGAACAGAUGUGGUCGACCUUCUUUAUGGGCAUGUUCUUUUAACAGAGAAGGGGUUCGUUUCAACUUUUUGUACUAGCAGAAUGUGUGUAUCACUUAAAAUGAUGGUUGCCUUUUUUUCUGUAAAGGGUAGGGGGGUGGGAUGGCUGGUAAAUCAUCCGAAUGAAUGUCAGAAAUAGAAUUAUUCCGGUUUCGCUGGGUUUACAAUGACUUUAUGCCACACUAGCCUCAUUUAUUGUCUCAUUUGUUAUUUUAGCAUAAAUACGAAGUGCACAUACAAGAGCCAAGGACUGACAGGAGUAGUAAAUUCCAUCAUGAUUGGACUUUGGAGGCUGCAAAUUACAAACAUCAGAGACUGCUUCGUGCGUUUCAUUUGCAUCUGAAUAUUGGAUUUACACUUCUAGAUGAGUUAUUUCAUGUAAUAAGUAGGGGAUAAGGUAGGAGAAGAUUGUACGGAGAGUCCCCUGGGUUUAUUACCUCUUUUCCGCUGGAUGAAAUGUGUAAAUGUUUAUUUUAAUUUGAAUUACAGCUCUUGUCAGAAAAUUGCCAUUUGGGAUAAAUGAAGUGUGGUAUAUUUAGAGAAUUUCAUGUUUGGAUGCACUUAUUUUUAUUUAAAUACUGCUUGUAUGCUAACGUUGCCCAAAAUAUGUGAAAUUGUGCCACUGAGAAGUUUGUAUUAUUGGACUUGAUCCCUGGUCUGUAAAUGAGCAAAUACACAUUUGAAGAUGAAGUUCUCUUAAGCAUUUAUCACUUUGAGGUGUCAAUGACCACUCCUUUGGUUUACACCCAGAAGAACAGAGCAGUCACUUAAGUUUAAAUAUAUCAGAUUUACAAAGGACUAAAAUUUCAGUACGUGUUGUAUAUGUAGGCAGAAGUCUGUUCAUUCACCUCUCCUUACCUGCACUAAAUGAAGCAAAACGACUUUGGAAAAAAAUGAGUUGUUAAAGUCACCACUCUUCUAGCGAGCGUUUCCACCUCUCAACAUGUCGUGGUCUGUUCUAACUAUUUUACAUUACUCUCCUUAGCCUUAACUCGAUGCAUUUUCAUCUUGGAGUGUUGCAAUCCAUUUAACAGGACGGGCUCUGGUGUUACUGCAGGCACCUGUGGUCCAGGUGUGGGGGUGUUGGAAGCAGAAUUAACAAGAUGGCAACUAUCCGGGUUUAUCUUUAUUUUUAUUCCGCACAAAAACCUGCAAAAUGUACAUCUCUGACAAAGCAGUUAAAUGUGACAAUAAAAUCUUAUUUAAUCCUGU